AUGAGAAAUUUUGCUUUCGAGCAAAGUUGUUCAAGUAUUUUUUUGAUAAAAAAAUUUCUACCCGAAUUAUAUCGGAAAAAUCAUAGAGCAACGUUCUUUGGAUUUUUGUUCGAGCGUAACUAUACGUGUGCUCUUACACCGCCGCUAUUUCAUGAGCAGCAACACUAUCCAUGCAAAGAAUUUUCAACAACCUAUAAUGAAUUAAAAGUGGGGAUUGUGCCGAUAUAUGGAAAUUUUAUAUCAUGGAAAAUUAAAUUACAAUUAAUCACUCGUCCAAUUCCCUCUGAACUAUGGGAUCUUUUAGAAAUUCUUCCCGAUAAUGAAAAUUAUCUAUACAAAUAUUUAAACAAUAAAGAUAUUCAUCUAAUAUUUUUGCUAAUAAGGAAACUUCCUCAAAUCAAACAAACGCAAUUGGACAAUAAAUGUACGAAAAUCUGGCGAGAACUACGGAAAUUUCGAAAACCAUUUACUGAAAAAUCGUACAACUCCCUGUUAUUGAAAGGACCGAAUUCAUUGCAUCAAGAAAUUCUUGAUGAAAUGGUAUCUCAUAAUUGUAUGCCGAGUAUUGAGGCAUUUUCACGUCUAAUUGAAGAUUCUUGUCGCGCACAAGACACAUUUCAAGCAAGACAUUGGUUUCGAGUAAUGCAUGAAUCGAAACAAAGUCCAAAUGCGCGAAUAUAUAAUCUACUUAUUUAUACUCAUACGAAUCUCACACAGGAAUUAACAUUCGCAAGAUAUUUCUUGGGAAAAAUGAGUGAUGUUGGUCUGUUACCUGUUCAAUCAGUCGUUCUUGAUUUUGUGCGACAAUCUAUAAAUUCUAAUCAGUCAGAAAAUGUAGAUUGGGCUUUCGAAAGAUUUUUUAAUGAUAAAAAAGGAUUUCAGGCAACAAUUGACAUUUAUCAUGUAUUACUUGAAAGCUUUGCCAAACAAUCUUCUUUUGAAUCGGCACAAAAAUAUUUCGAUGAUAUGACUAAAGUGAAAAAAUUGGAACCGAAUGAGAUGACUUUUCAAUACUUGAUCAAUGCUUAUGUUGGUGACGAUAAUUGGGAUGAAGAAGAUUCGAAAAAUGGAAAUAUUUCACAAUCAAGCAGAUUGCAAAAAGCUUUAAAAACAUUUAAAGAAAUGAAACCGAUGCACAGUAUUAUAGCCACACUUGAAACUCAUCUCCUAUUAAUCCAAAGGAUAUUAUAUCCUUCAAAAUUUCUAAAUACCAAUGAUAUUGAUUUUUCUGAUUUCAAUUACCUAACAAAGAGUCUACUCGAGGACAUCCCGCGAGGUCGCUGGGAAAAGAUUUCCGAUUCGUUGUUUAUCGAUAUUUUUUCGAUUCUUGCCAACCAUAAUUUUAUUACACAAGCGCACGCAAUCUAUUUCGAAUUACGCAAAAGGGACAAUUCUUUUGCGUUGGAAAACGGAGCAUCCAUACUGAUCAAGAAACAUUGUAAAGCCAGAGAUUUAUUUUCCGCAUUGCAGAUAUAUUAUGAUUUAAGUUCUGUGGGCAUAAAAGCAGAAUUAGAUGCCUACGCAAGCAUAAUGCAAGAAUAUAAUUAUCGUAAUGAUCCGGAUGGAGCAAUGAAAUUUUAUGAAUUUACAGCUCUAAUAAAUCCCAUAUUUAACAAAGAUUUCUAUCAAGCGUUACUUGAGGUAUGUGUUUACAAUAGGAGAACAGAAUACGCACUGGAGGUCUUGAAGGAUCUGAUUAGACGCAGUUAUAGACCAGAUGUUUAUAUGUACAAUAUCACCCUUUAUGGACUCUUUAAAAUGCGAGAUUGCAAAUCUGUUAAACUUUUAUUUCAAGAUAUGCAGAAUCGUAGAAUUCGUCCAUCUGUGGCCACAUACAACAUUCUUGUGCAAGGAUAUGGAAACGUGAUGCAUGAUUUGUCUGAAGUUAUCACUACUUAUCGAUCAAUGAUAGCUGCAAGGUGCGAACCAGACUCAAAAACAUACGGAAAUUUAAUGAUGGCUCAUAUUCGUCACCGUGAUUUAGAUGGAGCACGUAAAGUAUUCAACGCAAACGUCGCUGCAAAAAAACCUGUUGAUAUUCGAGCAGCAUGUGACCUAAUGAAAAGGCUCGCCGAAACUUAUGAUAUCGAUUUUUGUUGGAAAGUCUAUCGUCAAUUAAAAUUAGAAAAGAAAUUGUGUAAAGAGAUUUUUCAGGUUGCUCUCUACGUGGGUUAUCUUGCACAUGACGAGGAGAAAAUCAAAGAUGUAUUAUCAGAAUUGCAUACGCAAGGAGUAAAAAUUGAUGCUGGUAUUAUAAAGUAUCUUGGGCUUCAAAAGUAUCUCGGGCUUCAAGACAAAAAGAUUCUAAUCGAUGAAAACUUUACUUGGUUGUCGAAUUUGUUAUCUUCGAAAGAAUAUGUUUUAUGA